GUGAGACAGACACGCACGCCCUCUCCUGGAGGACAACACAGGGAAAGAAAAAAAAAGAAAAGUAACCGCUGUUCGGUUUCAGUAAUAUGUGCUUUGUGAACCCACACAAGUGAGAAAGAUGGGUGAGUCUUUGAUUUCCAGGAUGUUUUUUCUCCACUGAGGAGGGGGGGACCUUUUAACUUUCCAGCUUUAGCUCGUGCGUGAAAACAACGUCAGUACCAACACUGGGACGGACAGACACAACUCCCUGAGGACAGAAACAUUUCAACAUCGAUUAACCAACGGAAAAAAACAACAACCGGUGAACACGGACGGGCGUGCACAAGCUUUAAUGAAUCGAUACGAUAACCUGGAUUUGGAGUUGGAGUGUGACGGAGGAGCUCAAAAAUCAGCGUUAUUCGGUGGGAUGUUCAAAAGAUCCUCCAAGUCUGCACAACCACAGCUACAGUAGAUCAUCUGCUGUGUAGACCUCGCCUGAUUGGACGGAGACAGGAGGCGUGUUUAGUGGGAUGUUUAAAAAGUCGCCAAAGCCUUUUGGAGCGAGGACACAAUCUCAGGACGAUUUGUCUGUGGAUAAGAAACUCUCUGCCAGCAGUGACAGUCUCAUAGAGACGUCUUCAAAGCCUGUGAAGCAGACAAAUUCAGAGGUGGUGGAUCCAGCUGCGAGCGGUGGCCAAUCAUCAGGCGACAAACAGGUCAAAAGCAACAUGAUUCAGCACGAGACAAAGGAAAGAAGUGAAACUCCAGUGGUCCCACCCAGACCAACUGAAGAGGAGAUGAAGAGGACGUCCUCAUACGCCAAAGUAAAAGCAAAAGGAACCGAGGAUAAUCAGGAUAACCAGGCUAUGAUCUCCAGCUCUGCCAGACCAUCAGGUAGUCAGCAGACCAAGGUGAAAAAGCACCAGCAUGAUCCCUCUAUGCCACAUGCUGGAGCCAAGCCUCAGUCUGAUGAUGAAGGGCUGAAAGAAGAAGAUGACUCUUCACCCAAAGAAGAACAGCAUGUCGAGGAGGGCCAGGACAAAACAGAGACCAAAGUCAAGAAACCACAAGUCAAGAGACACAAUCCCUUCAUGCCUCGGGGCAAGGGCAAAAGUAUACAGAGGAACGCACCGGACGGUGCUGCAAGUAAAACAGCAGAGAAUGAAGGUGGAAAUAGAUCCUUGUUUGACCAGCUGGAGGACUUCAGUCCUGACCCAGCACAGCCUGAAGACAGACAGGGUGUGGAGGACCUUAUGGAUUGGUGGAACACAGUGGAGUCUUGGGAGGACACGUUUCAAGAGGAUGACAUGACAGAUAAAGAAGAGGCCAAAGCGUUUGCUGUGACGGCAGACAAGGUGCGGAAGGGCAUACGUGUCUUCAACAAACUGUUUUCGGAGCGCGCCGAGAGCCUCUGGCAGCACGUCAUGGACCUCAACAGCAUCGCGGACGGCCUGGACAAGUUCAGCAAGAACACAAAGAUUGCUCAAAUCACCGGCGGCUCUACCAGCGCCCUCGGGGGCGUGGCCACCAUCACCGGUCUCGCCCUGGCCCCAUUCACCAUGGGGACCUCUUUGAUUGUGACGGCGGUGGGACUGGGUGUAGCUACAGCCGGCGGGCUGACAUCAGCAGGGGCCGGCAUCUCCAACCAGGUCAACAACUCAAUGGACCGCAAGAAGGUGGAGAAGAUAGUGCAGGACUAUCAGGAGAAGAUGGACGACCUCAACAAGUGCCUGACGUUUGUCAAGCAGGGUAUCGAGAACCUGAGGAGGUUUGACCUGAUCAAAAUGAAAAAGCACGCUUACAACCGUGACUUCCCAGCGCUCAAUUUUAAUUUCUACGAAGACGGCGCCAUGGCAGGGAAGGCGAUCCUCAACAACGCUAAUGAGAUCAUGCGGGUGGUGCAGAUUGCCAAUAUGGCGGGCAGCACAGCAGCCAGAGCGGUCCAGAUCGCCAGUAUGGCCACUGGUGUGCUCGCGGGACUCUUUGUAGGCAUGGACAUCUACUUUGUGGCCAAGGACUCCAAAGAACUGAAGAAAGGGGCCAAGUCAGAGUUUGCUGCUAAAAUCAGGGAGGUGGCUUUGCAGCUGCAUGAUGGUCUGGUGGAGCUCAACGGGAUACGAGGGGAGCUGCAGACCACCACACCAGACACACACACACGCAUUAAUACAGCUGCUGUGGACAGUGAAAAGAAAGAGAAAAAUGACAGUUCAAGUGAAGACGAAAUCAACCACAUUAAAAAGGAAUAUGAGAACCGAGUGUAUGUUUGACGGAAAAUUUCCAACUGGGAAAGGCCUUAAAGGGGCUGUGCUAGGAAAAGCGGGCUACUCACAGACCAUAGAGUUAGAGCGCAUGGUGUUAUACGCUUUUGGGUUAGCAGCUUAUAAUAAUAUUUAUUUAGGGUUCUUUACAUUGUUGUUAAUGAGUAUCACCACACUGGAGCUUUUAGGCAAGGCGAGGCAAGGCAGCUUUAUUUGGAUAGCACAUUUCAGAAAGCAAUUGAAAGUGCUUUACAUAAAACAUUGUUAGGUAUUUUUCUAUAAUUUGCCAGCAGAAGGAAUUGACGAGGAGGCUUUUUCACUCAAUACAAGUCAAUGGAGAGCGGUGCAGGUGGUGCUCUGUCUCUAUUGCCCGAUAAGUAAAAUGCUAAAAAGAUUUAGUAAGCAAGGAAGUUUUUUGUCACAGCCACUUGCACAUACAGCCGGUCUAGGUUUCAAAACAAAGAAUAGAGAAGCUUGUGACUUUAUUCUCUGCUCAAAGGCCAUUAUUCCACUCAAUCGUUACAUAUCUAAUUUGUGAUUGCUGCUAUAUUAAUGUGCUGUAUAUUGAGUACAGUCCCUUUUUAAACUGUGCUUUGGUAUAUGGUUUCAGAAGUGUCAGUUUCUCAGUUCCCUCUUUAAAAUGUGUCCAAGUGUUUUUGAAAGUACCGGCUCCAAACUCCAGCUUACUGCUGGAUUGUUGGCAUCUGAGAGGUGGUUGGUGCUAAUUUCUUAAAAAGGAAAACUACAGUCAUGCCGGUUGGAAAUUAGGAAACUCCACUCUUGAUGAAAUAGAGUAGUUUCUAAGACGUCUGGACUUUUCUUUUAGGGAUCUGACUUCUUGGAUCUAAACAGCAUUUACACCACUGGGAGGAACUGAGGCUUCGCAGCAGAUGAAGUAUCACAUCUGCUUCUCUGGUUGUUGUGCCAACGGGUGUAAAAUGGGAUACAAAGAUUGAACUAAAUCAUGUAUUUGGCUAGUAGUUUUAGAUGAGUUAAAAAGAAAUAGGUACAAAGUAUUUGUAGACUUUACAAUUUAGACUAGGUGCAGAGAUUGUGUAUCCUCUUAGGGACAACUGCCUUUAUUAUUUACAAUGCCUUAGAAAUACCCUAUGAUAAAAUGCAGCAUUAGUCUGUUUUUCUGUGUCUAUGUUGUUUAUUUUAGUGUCAGGCCUGCAUCAAAACCAUUUCUUGCUCAUCCUCUGCUUGAGGUUUUUGAUCUGAUGUGGGAUGUUUUAAAGUUCUGUAAGUCUUGACUUAAUUAUAUUGCUCUCAUUUUGAGGAAUGGUGGUAAUAAGAUUUGUUUUAGAUUGUUUUUACAAAAAAUAAAAAAAUAAAGACCUAACUAGGAGGGCACUCUGAGAGCAAAAACCUCCGCCAAGACACGCCAGGAACUGAUUUUUCAGAUUAUUUUAAUGUCUCAGGAAUGCAGCAAAAACAAAAGUAAAAAAGAAUUUGUGUAUUUGCCCUGUAAUUCAUAUCCUUUCCAAAAUGUAAAGGGUUUGUCUGUGGCCCAUGAUACACCCUUCCACCUAGUUUCACAUUAUUCGAGCCAGUAGAAGUCAAUCUGUCAGGGAUCACGGAAUAACAAACGGACAAACCAAACUGAAAUGGAAAACCAGUGAUUCUCUAAACCGGGUUGCACCAUCAAAACUUAAUGUAUGUCUUGGCUAUUAAAGACUUUAUUAUUGUGUAAAUCAUCGUUGUCGUUAGUAAACAUCUGCAAUUCAUAGGCUGGGACACAAUGUUAAAAAAAAGUUUAAGGUAGGCAAGUGAUGCAUUAGGCUUAACUGCCAAGAGUUUGUUUUAUUUACACGUACUUACAUGAGAAAUAGACGUUUUAAUCAUGUAUUCAGUGUCAUUGGAUACUUGAAUGGGUUGCGGGUGUAAAAUAAUCUCUUAUUAGACGACUGGAGACGACUGGAAUGACACAGGUCUGUAAAGACCAGUCUUGACCACGUCAACCUGUGCUUUUAUUAUUCCAUUAAUAUUUGAAGGAAUGGUAUUUCAAAGUCAGGGUCUGAUAUGCAGUCUAAUCUCUGAUGAUGUCAGCUCUGUGCUCUUUGCAUUGAACUUAAUAUUUAUUUUUCUGGGUGGGGUUGUUAUUCGAUACUAACUUUUUAUGUGCAAUAUCUUGUAGAACUCUGUCAAAAAUGUAAAGUUGAUAAAUAAAGGUGAGAGAAACAU